ACGUGGUAAUCGUGGUCUGCCACCAAGUAGUGUAUUGCUUUAUAAAGUGUUGGCCUUGGGGGUUGGAGAUCGGACUGCCACAGGAAGCUGUAGAGAAAUAUGGCAACCAAACCAGGAUUUCUCACUGACUGGCCAUGGAAACCUCUUGGGAACUUCAAGUAUGCUCUCUUGACUCCAUGGGUGAUUCACAGCACUUACUCUUUGGUGAUGAGUAAAGGGGAAAAGAAGGCAGACCUUAUCUACUACCUCAUAUUCCCAUUUCUUAUGACAAGAGUCCUUCACAAUCAGAUAUGGAUUUCUCUUUCUCGUUACCGAACUGCCAAAGGAAAAAACAGGAUCGUUGACAAGGGCAUCGACUUUGAGCAAGUUGACAGAGAAAGCAACUGGGAUGACCAAAUCAUUUUGAGCGGAAUUCUGUUCUACUUGGCAAAUAUGAUAAUACCGGGAGCAUCUCACUUGCCCCUAUGGAGAUCAGAUGGAUUUAUAAUCGUUAUUCUACUUCAUAUGGGUCCUGUGGAGUUCCUGUACUAUUGGUUGCACAGGGCACUGCACCAUCAUUUCCUCUACUCUCGUUACCACUCCCAUCACCAUUCUUCCAUUGCCACUGAGCCCAUUACCUCGGUCAUUCACCCAUUUGCCGAAGAAGUUGCAUACUUCUUGCUCUUUGCAAUACCUUUAAUGACAAUGGUGUUCACCGGAACAGCUUCCAUUGCAGCAAUAUUUGGUUACACAACUUACAUUGACCUCAUGAACAAUAUGGGACACUGCAACUUCGAACUGGUUCCAAAGUGGGUCUUCUCGACCUUCCCCCCUCUCAAGUUUCUCAUGUACACGCCUACGUAUCACUCUUUGCACCAUACUCAGUUUCGGACCAAUUACUCCCUAUUCAUGCCCAUGUACGAUUACUUAUACGGUACUGUGGACAAGUCCUCGGAUGAUUUGUACGAGACUUCACUCAAAAGGCAGGAAGAGUCACCAGACAUCGUACACCUGACGCAUCUAACCACGACAGACUCCAUCUACCAUUUGCGGCUCGGCUUUGCUUCCUUGGCCUCCAAGCCCUACGCUUUCAAGUGGUACUUCACCAUAGCGAUGUGGCCUGUGUCAUGUUGGUCUGCUGUCUUCACUUGGUUCUAUGGCCGUACAUUUGUUUCAGAGAGCAACACAUUCAAUAACCUCAAACUGCAAUCUUGGGUGGUUCCAAGAUACACCAUGCACUACCUCUUGCAAAGGGAGCAAAAAGAUCUCAAUUACUUGAUCGAAGAGGCUUUGCUAGAAGCUGAUAGCAAGGGAGCUAAGGUGGUGAGCUUAGGCCUUCUGAACCAGCAUGAAGAGCUUAAUGGGAAUGGAGAGCUCUAUGUCCAGAGGCACCCUCAGCUUAGAAUCAAGCUGGUGGAUGGGAGCAGUUUAGCUGCGGCUGUGGUGGUGAACAGCAUUCCCAAAGAGACAACCCAAGUUCUCCUAACAGGCAGGAUUUCUAAAGUUGGUUAUGCCAUAGCCCUUGCUUUAUGCCAGAAAGGUGUCCAGGUGGCUGCAAUGAAUGAGGAUGAAUACCAGAAGUUACAGCACAGUGACUGCCAGUUUGGUAACAACUUGGUUCUUGCAGAAAACUAUUACCAAAAGAUAUGGUUGGUGGGGGAGGGAUUGACAGAGAAAGAACAGCUCAAGGCAACAAAAGGGACAGUGUUUAUUCCCUUCACGCAAUUCCCACCAAAGAGACUGCUCAAGGACUGCUACUACCACACUACUCCUGCCAUGGUGGCUCCAAAAUCUCUUGACAACAUUCACUCUUGCGAGAAUUGGUUGGCAAGAAGGGUGAUGAGUGCAUGGCGGGUGGCUGGGAUCAUUCAUGGUCUGGAAGGAUGGAACGUCCAUGAAUGUGGUCAAACCAUGUUUAGCAUGGACAAAGUUUGGGAGGCCACUCUCCGCCAUGGGUUUAGGCCUCUGUCACUUUCCAUCUAAUUAUGGCCCCUUGUCUCACAGAAGAACAAUAAGAAAUCUCCCCACGCACAUGGCGUUUAUGUUUCGUUAAAUUUAUCAGCAAUUAAUUGGACUUUAUAUUUAUAAAAUUCAUGCUUUUUCUAUCCAUAUAUGUAAA